UUGCCUUGGAUUUGCUGGUCAGUGGCAUGCUGCUUUGCCUGGCUCUCCAUAGAGCUUGUAGCCCACAGGAAUUUGGACAGAGUGGUACAGACAUCGCCGACAGAGACUCUGAUCACUGUCUAUCCCUUUGAAUGCAGUCUCAUGACUUAGCCUUUACUCCACUCCCUAUUAAAGAAGGAGACAAGAAGUACAUAGACAGCUUCCCUUCAGACACCCAGAAGGACACAGAAAGGCAAGACAAUUUAACAGAGCUAACUGUACGAUUAUCUGGUGAAGAGUGUUCCCAGCUCGCCUUCAUGUUGCCCAUUUUCUUCUCUGCGUUCACCCUGUCUGCUUGCUGCUUAACCAAAGGAAACUGCAGCUCCUAUGAUGAGCUGAAAGAGCUGAAGACUGAAUUUGCCAUCAAUCUCUACCGGCAUGUAUCCGAAAUAGAGAACAGAACCAACCUGGUAAUCUCUCCAGCAAGCGUGGCUGUUUCUUUGGAGCUGCUGCAGUUUGGAGCUCAAGGAAAUACCUUUACGGAGCUGCAGGGUGCCCUAGGAUACAACAUUCAUGAUCAAAGCGUGCAGGAUUUCUUGCACGGGGUGUACGAAGGAGCAGCUGGCUCCAGCCGAGGCACGGCGGUUCAGCUGUCUUGCUCUCUCUUCACGGACGCCAGCGUGAAGCUCUCGCCAGCCUUUGCUGCACACACUGUGCGCUGGGCAAACGGCAGCCUUCAGCAAACCAACUCCCCCGACCCCGACAGAACCGCAACCCACGUACAGGAACGGAUCACUGGCAACCUUGGAGAUGGGGAUGUGCGUGGCAAGUUGCUGGAGAGAGCUGAGUCGCCGCUCGGCCAGAUCGCCCUGGUGAGCACCGUGUACUUCAAAAGCACGUGGCAAAAGAAGUUUUCCUUCAUGGAUACCCAGAUGUUGCCUUUCACCACGGUGGAGGGCUCAACCCUGAAAGUGCCAACGAUGCAUCACACAGCCGAAGCUAACUACGGCCAGUUCCAGACUGAAGCUCUGGAGGGUUUCAGCGUGGUCGAGUUACCCUACCUGGGGGAGAAACUCAGCAUGUUCCUAGUGCUUCCCAGCCACAAAAGGACGUCUUUGUCCCAGAUUGAGUCUCACCUUUCUGCCAAAACCAUGACCCUCUGGGCCAACAGCUUAAAGAGAACAAAGAUGGACAUUUUUCUACCUAGGUUCAGUAUUCAAAGCCUUUUUGACCUAAAGACAGUUUUUUCUGCCUUCGGAAUUAGAGACGCGUUUAAUCCCAUCACUGCUAAUUUUAAAGGCAUUUCAGACCAAGAUAGUCUUUAUAUUUCAGAGGCUAUCCACAAAGCAGAGAUUGAAAUCACAGAAGAUGGUACGAAGGCAUCAGGAGCUACAGCAAUGGUGUUACUAAAAAGAUCUCGAACGCCCGUUUUCAAAGCAGACAGACCUUUCACCUUUUUCCUGAGAGAAGCUAAUACAGGUACGCGGGCUCUGCGUUUCAGCAGCGGGAUCCUGCACUGCAGUCAUUAACAAGUUCCUUGCAAACAGCGUGCCAUUCUUCAGUCCAGAAAAUUCCCACCACUGUGGAAACAACGGGUUUAGGGCUCUUACAGCAUAAAGAAUAUGGUUUAAUUUCGUAAGAAAGAAUGCAUGAUAGUUAUAGAAGUCAGAUUAACCUAUUCUGUGUAUACGCAAUAUGCUCAAAAAGAUUUCUACCGCACUUAUAGGUACUAGAAAGAUCUUACUGAUCCUAAACACCCUGGGAUUUGGGACCAAUCUUCACAGGGCGACUCCAAUUCCAAAUGGGCUGGAUCAAGUGGACUAAUAUCUGAAAAAAAGUUAAAAUAAAAAUCUUUCCCCUAUAAAUUAAACUUAUUCACGCCGACACAGGCAGCACGCAGCUGACUUCUGCCUGUGGGCACCUGGACUCCAAGGCCUGAAACACCCCGUGCUAAUUCCUACCUCAGGAGUUUGGGGGGGGAUAGCUCAGAAGUUCUCAAGACCAACAAUCUUUUGCCCAGCUAUCGCGCAGAAUAUGCAGGUGCAAAUUCCUCUUCCCUCGUAUGUUGAAUAACACCCACCUUGGAGGAGUCAGUUUUGCACAUCUGGACUCUUCACCACUUUGCAUCCCCAUCAGACAUUCAGGUCAUCAACGGCCGUGGAGAGUCACUAUAUGUAAUCAGGUAACUUAGCUCUGCAAAAAAAAAAAAUCUAACUUUUGCAAGAAACCACCAAACCCCACAUUUCUUUUGCAACCAAUAACUCUUUUUCUUGCAAAUGAAAUCCCCCAGCCCCCUGAAAAAAAACAACCAACCAAACAAAAUUGCAGAGCACAUCUGAAAGAGUGAAACACCACAGUGCUCCUUCGGAUUCAGUAUUAGACCAUGAGUCUCAUUUCAGUCAUGCCCAAUCACAUCAGUUACUCCACAGUUUCUGCCAAAGGAAACUACCAUACAGCUCUCUGGCAGUAAUACAGAAGAAUUGCAUUGUGCACCAUUUAGCAGGUGUUUGCUCCUCCAAAGCACCAGGCCAGCUCCAACAAUGCUCACCAUUCAUAGCAGUGCAGUACAUUUCCACCUUUUUUCCAGAAAAAAAAAAAAAAAAAAGAAAAAAAAAUCUUUCAAACCACCACGUUUCUCUCAUAACUGGGGUCAUGUCCAUUUAGAUUUCCAGGGAACAUAUAGCCAUUUAUAGGGUUCAGUAAAACGGUGGGGCCUGGCAAGAAGACUGAGGAGAAUUAUUUUCCUUGUCUGCUUCCAAGCAACACCUACUGUUCUCUCAGGGAAUACCUAUGCACCUUACAUUCUGCUUUAAAAACCUGCACCUUGCAUUCUGACCACAACGCACACCCAUCUUUCUAAAGGGAAAAGCACCACUUUGGUGGGGGGGUGGUUUGAAAUCCGCUUGGGCAAUCGUUGCCACUCGCUAAAUAAAACUGUUUUUGCUUGGCAAAGGCACUAAAAGCUGAUCUAUGAAAUCUGAGCCACAAACUCGUCGGGAUUAAGAACAAACUGAUUUGGGUGAAUAAAAUUGCUCAGUUUACAGUGUAUGGGAAAUCAUAUAAAUAGGAAGGAAAACAGAUUGUAAAAGAGGAUUUUUAUAUGAAGCAUAACAAAAUACACACCUUCCAAUCUACUAAAAGCCAGAAGUACAUUUCCAAUUCAAACUUUUUAAUGCAAAAAGUGAAAACUGAAAACAGUCAUUUUGCUUGUUCAGACUUAGUGACUGAAGCUGUUCAGGUAUGUAAAGGAGAAAGGGUAAACAAGAUCUGCUUUUAAUACAUUUAUUAUAACCUAACUAGAGGUACUUAAAACUUACUAUCCCCACAAAGUUCACAAGGACUCUUUACGUAGUCUUCUUCGAAUCAGUCUUCUAGUAAUAGCAGAAAUAUUUUCCAAGACUUAAAAUAGCAAAGUUCUGCCUGAAAUAAUUGAAAAAAUUGGGGGCUUUUUAGUAUGUAUUUCAGGUUUGAACAUAUUCCCUUUGAAGCACAGGCAAGGUAACAGCAGUACAAACAACUGAACUACAAAUUCAACGAAUCUGAGGCAGUGAUUUCAUUCAAUGGGUUGUGAUAAUCUCUUCUGUAGCCACAAUACCAGCAAAAGGGAAUUAAUUUAGGCACUGUUUUGCUCAGUUCAAAAGUGAUUCUUUAGCCAAUGGUUUGGGUAAGCUUCAGGUUUUCGCAAAUUUCUGGCUUGGGCUACCGACUAUUUGGAAAGGCUUUUUUUGUUUUUAAUACAGAAAUAGUCAAAUCACUCCAAGGCAGCAGGCAACUGCAGUUGAUUUUUUCUACACAAGCAAUGAAUGAUUACAAAUCUGCUAGUUCCAUGCUUAAUUUAUGUAUUUAAACUCUUAUUACACUGGAAAUAUAUGUCCCAAACUGAAAUAAUGUUAAUAUUAUUUUCAU